GUCUCGAUUUAAGCGAACGAGCCAUCCUUCGCCUUACCUAAACAAGAUUUAUACGAGUUUUCAAACGUAGUAUGCUAAUGGAAAUGUUAAAACUUUCUAAGCUGACGGAAUUUAUCCAUUUCAUGAAUACCAUUGAAUUCGAUGGCCCUCGUCAUUCUCAUGGAGUAGAGACAGAAAGAUCGACAGAUCUGAUUGUGACGAGCACGAAAAUUGAUUUUCUUUCAAAGAACGCACGAGGUACGGUGGUUCUCUGAGUGAUGCGACCGUACCUGCGUCUCUAAAUUCCGUGGCGACGCUCUUUUACGUUGGAAUCACGCCGACGUCGAUCCAGCAGCGACGCCAGGCGUCGUGUUUCACUUAGCUCGAAAAACUAAAACUCCAGAGUGCACCGACUACGCUGACGAUUGGCCUGCGCAGGUCACGGUAAAAUUAUCGGUCGCAUGCGGUUGUUCCCUUCGGCUGCUUAAAACUUAAGUGAAAAGUCCGUUCAUUCACGACGUAACAAAAUUCAACGAUCAGUUAAUCUGAUUUCCGUCGUAGACUCGGUAAAAGCAAUUUUUAGUAUGCCUCAUCCUACGCAAGACAUGGACAUCACCAGUUCUUUUGUUUCAAAUCACAACUGCUUAAACAAGAGUCUAUCACCAGAAGUUUGCACAAUGAUAACAGCAACGGAUGAGAGAGAAGAGACGGACAAUUGUUCCGUUAACAUCAAGCCAUGCGAAAGCACAUUCCCAUGGCUGAACAAAUUCAAUAAAAUGAUGUGUUCAUCCCUGGAGCAUAAAAGCUAUCAAAUGUUGAGACAUUUAAUAUCUCUUUAUACACAAUAUAUUUUGAGCAGCAUAAACACGUACUGCGAGAAAACGAUGGACAUGUUGAAGUUAAAGAAUCAUUUAAGCAGUACAUUAACAUUCUUUCAUCUAUACUGACAUAACAUUAAAACGCAUGCCGAUGACUGCAACUCAUAUCUAAACCAAAUGUCAGUGCUAUUGGGAAUGUACGUAAACAUGGAACUAAAUACUUCUGAACACACCGUGGACUCUUCUAAAGUAUCAUCGAAACUUCUUUCCGCGCUAUGGAUAUAUUUAAGUCAUUCGGAAAAACAUAUUUUCAGAGUGUUGCUUAAACUUGAGCCUGUAAUUAAAAAGUAUUCCGAAAUUUGCGAGCCUAUAUUCAAGGGAAGUUUUGCCAAUUUAAAAGAUAACACGGAGCCUUUAACAGACGUAGAUUACGUCAGAUACUUGCUUGCCUUAAAAAUGUGGGGGAGAAUGAGAGAGAGCGUAGAAGAGAAGAAAGAAGUGAAUAAGAUAGCACUGACAAUAUUAGGUCCGUACAUUCCGAAGAUGCGCGAUGACAUAUUUAAAAUUAUACUUAAACCUCCACAUGAGAACGAGACCAUCUGGCUUUUACAAUCGAACGUGUUCGAUUUGAAAGCCGCGUGUAAUAACUUUACAGCAUUCGAAGAAGCGUCUAUCGAAUCGGAGGACCAGCAUUCGAAAAUUCCCGAUGUGAAGUUGCAAUCGUCACAGUGUGCGUCAUAUGAUGUUACAAAAAGUUUGACGAAUUACGAAUCGAAGAGAGACGAGAGCAGACGGAUCAGAUUAAAGAGAUGUAAGAAGGUAUCGAAAUUGAAACCUAAAGAAAUGAUAUUGAUCGACUUGACUGAAGACGAUGAAUCAAAAAUAGAGAAGAAGAAGAGCAAGAAAGGUAAGAGGACCUUGGAAUGGUUAAAGAUAACGAAGAAACAGCGUAAAAAGAAGAGUGACGAGGAACAAUGUAUGAAUCAAGUGGAGAUCGCUGAUGCCCACAGUACGGAGAACGUUACCCGAAAAAUUCUUCUGGAGAAUCUACCGAUUUCCGACAAUAAAGUUAGCGAGAGCACAGAAACCUGUGCCGCGGUGGAGGACGAAUCGAUGCAAGACGAUGCUCGUUGCAAUUCGCAGAGUGUACACAAUCAUAUUUUCAAUAAUAGAAAUAGCGAGUCGAAAUGUACAAUUUAUCAUAAACAGUGUGAUACGCGGCCGAAGGUGACAGACACGGAGCGUAACAAAAUUGCAUAUUUAUUGGAAUUCUUAAGCGCCGUGGCGCAGAACAUAAAAGAACCAAAGGCAAUACUAAAUCUACUGAGAGAGAGUAUAGAGGAGAACCUGACAUCUUCUCAGCACACUAACUUUUAUAGAAACACAGAGAAUAAAAAUAUUGAGCCAAAAUGUUCCAUAGAAACGUUGAAGGAGUGCCAAAAUAAUCUUACGAAUGUACAAUCUAUAAAACCAGAGUUACCAGCAAACGGAGAUUUUACGCUGACAGAGGAGUACAGUUAUUGCCAAAACGAUCCUGUUUACGCGAAAAGUGAUUUUCAAUCCGCGAACAGUCACGACACGCAAGCGACGGAUAUCGGGAAAGAGAAAGUUUAUCGUGAUGUUCACGAAUAUGCAGAUUACUAUAAGAAACACGAAAUGAAACCCUUUUCCUACAAUAAUAAUAUAUUUAAUACAAUAAGAAAUGAGGAUACAAUGCAGAACGCGAUAGAUAACGACGCUAGUGAUAAAAAGUUGAUGUGCGAUGAUGAUAUGAUGUGUAUGUUGAGCGAUCUUGACAAAUGCAUGGACGUCUUGAACCGCGUCGGUGAACAUAUUAUGAACGUUCACGCGGCGAAGCAACGAUUAGAAUGCUUGGACAAAACGGACGCGUGUGCCGUUUCGACUACGGUGUCAGGUGACCAGGUAGCGGAAUCCUCUUCGGAUUGGCUACAAACGAUCGGUUCGUUGAACGCAGAGAAGCUUGCCAGAAUUCUCGAAUCGUACGAGAAAGAGGAUCUACCGCGUAUAUGCAGUUGUCAAGAGUUCACUAAGCAAGAGGCUUCUAACGUGAUGUUCAGCCACGUAAAAUGUGAGUCAGAUAAUUGUGAGAACGUCAUGGUGUCGACGUCUCGAUCGAACGAGUAUCGUUCCUGCGGAAAUGAUAUUGCUAUUUUUCCUGAGAAUAAAUCACCCUCGAGCUUUACUCGUAGUCACGCGAAAUCCGAAUUUGAAUAUACUAUUAUAGACGAGGAUAAUGAAAGUUUCGAAGUUGUAAAGGAUAAGGCGCAGAAACCGAGUCAAUAUGAAGUUAGCACGCGAACCAAUAAUCAAGUAUACGAUUCCGAAGGUUUUAUAUAUGAUCUGGAAGACAGCAAAGAGUCAAAUCAAGAUUGGGAAAUUACGUUGCCGAAUUUCUCGCAAAAGAGUAACGGGGCGAAGUCUCGUAGUCCCGUGAACGAAUUAGAUAACGAUAACCUGAACAGCAUUCUAAAUCAGAGUAUAACCAUCGAAGAUGAGCAAGAAAUUUGGGAUGAAUCUCAAUCUUUGCUAGUGUCACCGAUGAGUUACGAUGUAUCAAGCACUGUACUGAACUGCAUCACAGAAAUCUUUUCACAAUCGGAGAACCAACUUAUUAGUGAGACGGAAGAAGAGUACGCGCUCUUGGACACGAAAAAUUAUCUAAUGCCGUUGCCCGAAGGUAGCCUUGGCAUAACCGGAAUAUUAAGUUCUUUGCAUAAUAACGAUUUCAUGUGCACGAAUGUACAGCCGGUAAACACGCGGUUAAGUAAAAAUAUUUUUAAAGACGAAAUCGACGAUAACACCGAACCACAGACCGCGGAAGAGGCGCAUACAGACGAAUUAAAGAAUAAUAUUUCGCCUUCGGAAAAGGAAAAGGCUACGUGUACGUCGAGAAACGCGGAUAAGCAGCUGAAUUGCGUGGAUGUUCAACAGAUGAGAAACGCGUCUCAACAGAAGAGACAAGUUUUAGUGAGCAACCAGGAAGAUUACGGGAUGGACACCGUCAGCACAGAAGAUUUCGUAGUAGAUGCUGAGUACAUCGCGGAAGAGAAUUCGGUGAACGCGAACGCAUUGCGCGAGAAACCGCGUUCGUCGGGAAGCAAACUUUGUAACAGAUUUUCGAAGAGACAUAAGAAAUUCGAUGUCACCAAAGUGCGUCUUGCCACAGAUAAAUAUGCAACUAAAGUUUCGAAUAAUAUUCUUGUAAAACCUAGUGCUAAUACACAGCCUUCCGAAUUAACCGAGAAACAAUUAAUCGCAGCAGUGGAAGAAAAUACGUCUCCGAAGAAAAGAAGAUUGACCUCGAACCUUUCGUCGAGAUUACAAAGAAAUACAGUUUGUAAAAUACCUAUGAAUCAGCAAAAGUUGAAGAAGCGUAGCGUCCCGACGAAGAAAGGUAACAUUUAUUUCAUUCUUAAUAUUCAAUUCUAUUUCGGAAGCAAAUCGGUGAUUUCUCAAAACGAGUAUAAUUCGCGAUUAAAUAGUGGCAUCGGAAAUAUAAUUCUCGUGUUCGAUUCUGUCUACACUGAAGAUCAUCAAUGGAAGAUAUUUUAAUUUUCGCGAUCGUGUGAUCCAUUCGCCUUUCGUUAAUACGCUUAAAGGAUUAGAUUACAAAAUAUUCUAUGAUUGAAUCGAAGGUUGGAUAAAUAUGUGGCACCGCGAGUCACAAUGUCUUUAGGAUCCCACUGUUGCCGAAAAUUCAUUUUCGAUAACCAGAUUUAUUUAUUUAUAUGUACACGUUGUUUUUGAUGAAUCUACGAUGUCCAAUCAACUUUUCUACAGUUUCAAUCUUUUUAACUGACUGCCGAAGAUCGGGUAGCGUUAUCAGAAGUAUACCCUUGGGUAGGGAAAAGAUAUCGCCACACAUGUCUUCCCACAAUUGCCUACCUCCUGUAUUGUGAACCAUAUUAUUAUAUUACUCGUCCUCCUAUUGUUACCCCUUACGUUGUCAUUUUUCCACCACUUCUAAUAACGCUACUCUCAAGUUUUCGGGAGAGCAGACAAUUGAGCUAUAUCGAUCAACGUCCAAGACGAGCGGCAGUUUUCUGAAUCUCGGAACUCAUAAGUUCUAAGGCAACUCCGAAAAAACGAAAGAACUUUUACAUCUCAGUUUUCCCUUAAUACCUAACGCUUGACUCGAAAGUUGAGGACGCGACACACUUGACAAGAUAUUACCGUAGUACGUACAAAUAAACAGGAAGAUAUAGUAGGUGAGUAGAUCGAAACAAUGUUUGUAAAAUAAGCCUUAUCAUUCCCUAGUAUAAUGAAAUAGUUCCGAGCGUAAUCCGCAGACAAAUCUCUAUGAAAUUUACCGAGUUAAUAAGCCGAAGAACUAACAGAUAAUAUUAUUUUAAUGUAUGCUAAAUAUCUGUUUGCGUGAAACAUUAUUACUUUAGUUAUUACUUAACGAUCGGAAAAUAUAAUUGUCGAAGAGAGUUAUAUGAUCUUACUUUAUUUUAAUAGAAGCCAUAAGACAAACAUGCAAUUUACCCGACUACGAUUUUAAGUACAAAUUAUUUGACUGUAUUUAUAGUAUUAAUUAAACGAACGAUAUAUUGUUAGACUUUUCUUCGACGUAUAAGUUAUUAGGCUCUAAUCAAAAUUUUUACGAAUACCAUUUUCAGUAGUUUAUCAUUAUUAUUCAUUAAUCAUAUCGAGGCUACAUCUCUUAUCCGUUAUAUAUUAAUAUUUCUUAAGUCCUACAAGUAUUUCUCUUGAAUUUAAUAUACACGUACAUAGUAAACAGUGGAUAAAAUAUAUGAAACUGCCAAAAGUUACAAAACAA